UGGCUUUUGAAAUCACUUAAUUUCUGUUUAGAGCCGCAGCUGCAGUUUGUUUUCAAAGUGGAAAAUCUGUAGCAAAAAUGUAGAUGUCGGAGCUCCAGAUAGGGGAGUGCCAAGAGGUGGACUAGAGACGAGCUUUUAUCUGGUAGCUGGUUUCCCAGUGUUCUUGGCACAGAAUCUUCAAACUCCUCUCUCCACGUUAAGAACACUUUGUUGUUUGUUGACCGCACUCACCUAUCUUGUCUCUGACUGUAAAUUCUGCAGUGUUGCCUGACUUGACAAUAAAAGUUGCAGCUUGCUUUGUUUUCUUCGACUUCCCUCCUGGAGUCUCCUUCAUGGACCUUUGUUCCCCUCAACAGGAGUACUCCCCCAGUUGUAAGAGGCGCCGCACUGUUGAGGACUUCAACAAAUUCUGCACCUUCGUCUUGGCCUAUGCUGGCUACAUCCCCUAUCCGAAGGAGGAGCUCCCCUUGAGGAGCAGCCCUAGUCCCGCCAACAGCACCGCUGGCACCAUCGACAGCGAUGGCUGGGACACUGGUUUCUCUGACAUUGCGUCCUCAGUGCCCUUGCCGGUGUCGGACCGCUGCUUCAGCCACCUGCAGCCGUCCCUCUUGCAGCGAGCGAAGCCCAGUAACUUCCUGCUGGACAGGAAGAAAACUGACAAGCUGAAGAAGAAGAAGAAGAGGAAGCGAAGGGAUGGCGACGUCCCCGUGAAGGAGGGGUACAGGGGGGGCUUGCUGAAGCUGGAAGCCGCAGAUCCAUACGUGGAGACCCCCACAAGUCCCACCAUGCAGGAUAUUCCCCAGGCCUCUGCUGACCCCUGCUCAGGCUGGGACUCUGACACUCCCUCAAGUGGCUCUUGUGCCACUGUGUCACCUGAUCAGGUUAAAGAGAUAAAAACUGAAGGAAAACGGACUAUUGUCCGGCAGGGAAAGCAGGUGGUGUUCCGAGAUGAAGACAGCACAGGCAAUGAUGAGGACAUCAUGGUAGACUCAGAUGACGAUUCCUGGGACCUUGUCACCUGUUUCUGCAUGAAGCCCUUUGCUGGUCGCCCCAUGAUAGAGUGUAAUGAGUGCCACACCUGGAUCCACCUGUCCUGUGCAAAGAUCCGCAAGUCCAAUGUUCCGGAAGUGUUUGUCUGCCAAAAGUGCCGGGACUCCAAGUUUGAUAUCCGUCGUUCCAAUCGUUCCCGAAUGGGCUCUCGGAAGCUGUUUCUGGACUGAUUUGGAGCUGGCAAGGAGAUAGGCGGGACUGGAAGGGCAUGGGCUCUGUGGCCUCCCUUAGUUGAACACAGAACUCCCAGCUCUGGUGUGGGCAGACCCUGCCACUCAGGUGCCUAAGCAGAGGACAAGCUGUCCAGAUAAACCUGUACAUAGCCAGUGAGCAGAUAAAUUGGUGGUCAGAGCUGCAGCUCCAGCUGGGUUCCUGCAUUGGCGGCAGACUGAGCACCAGGUCUGCUUCAGCUGAGAAUGUGGGCACACAGUCUUGUUAGCCAGUUCCCGCCAUUGGGAGGGAGCAGUGCUAGCUGUCAGUUCCCUCUCUCUGCUCGGAAAUGGAGUUGCUCUGUUUCCCUGGCCUGUGCUUAUCCUCCAGUGUUGGUCUUCUAUCACAAGUGUCUAUACAGCAGCCAUCCAAGUUGCCUGCCCCUUUGUGAUCUCACUGCCCCUGACUCAGUUGGGCUAGGGAGUUGCUUCCUUAGAGGUCUGGUGUCCCCAAGAGGAGCCCUUGGUGGUGGGUGAGCGGUGAUUCUUUGGUUUUCACUGUUUGUUUGAAGGGACAGUUAUGUAGCCACUUCUCCACAGAGCGGGGGUUGGGGGUGGAGGUGUCCUGUGUUCAUAAGUCAGUUUCUUGUUUUGCACGAUGUAAAAAACGAUUUCUUCUUUCCACAUGAUACUGCCCAAAGUAUUGGCCAGUGUCUUCCUGGAUGCCCUUUCUCUGCCGUUGGUGGUCCAUGUCCCAGGGUGCCCAGUGCUCUCCUCUGUGUGGAAGCACUUGGUUUUCUGUUCUUCAGCUGCUCCAGUAGCAUCCCACAUAUGAAACUGUCCUCCACACAGGCUGGCCUGCUAGGUUCCUGGGGCAAGGCAAGGGUUUGAGUUAGUGCUGUAACAUGAGCUUGCAACAGUGCAGUGUCAAAGGUUUGAACCACGGUCCUGGUCUGGGUGUGUGAGCCACCUCAGCGCUUGGGACACUGGUGGUCCUAGGACUGAGGCAGAGGGGGAGGGCUUUGGCGACUGUUUCUCAGCAGUGUUUGGCAAAGCAGUGGGUCUAUUUCAUAAGUAUCCUUUGUCUUUAAGUGGCAUGAGACAGGGAAGAGUGCCCCGAUGGACCACAUACAUCUCUCCCCUCCAGCCUCCGUGUAGCACCUUGGCAGGGUCACCAGGCACACACUCACAGGGUUGUGAGCUCAGACCAUUACUUGGCUAAUUGGAGGUUUUUUUUUUGGGGGGGGAUCAGUAUCUUUCACACUUGUCCAAUUUAAGUGUCUUAGUUUUUUGUUUUUAAAAUCCUGUUGCUCGUAUUAAAGAACAGAAAUACUAUUACUGAAGCCCAGUUGGUCGUGCAGAUCUCAAGGGAGAACCAGAGAAGGAGCCCUUCCAGAAAGUCUUGUCCCCAGGCUAUUGUCUGGCUCUGACUGGAUUAAACACCCAGCACAAGUUAGAGGAAUUUGCCAAAGACCUGCCCCAUGACAGUACUUGUCCAGUGUCUUCACCCUGAGAAUAACCAAAGUUCCAGUAGUUUUUUUAUUUUAUUUUUUUUUAUUUUUUUUAAGUGCAUUUGAGAAUGUGGUUUUGUUGUGGACCGGUAUAGCUGGCCAUUGUUGUGUGUGCUCAGAGAUUUGUCGCCUCUGUGAUAUGUCGGCACAUCUCAAUUUCUGUUUGCUUGCUUUGUGUUUAAGGGGAUCUUUCCCUGUGGGUGGUGUCAGAAGUUGGACACCUUGGUUUGGGGGUAGAUUGAGCUGGGCAGCUGUAAUCAGCUUCUUUAUGCAAACUGGGCGUGACCCUCCUAGGGGCUCCUGGUUGGUGGUUAAUGAUGUGAGGGAAUGGUGUCACCCCCAAAGGAGACCCCUCCCUCUCGUCAGCUUUGGCCAGGCCAGAUGCAACAUCGUUUACAUGGUUCUGUGUAAUUACAAAGUUUAUGUGUAUAAAGCAAGCUGUUUCUGUGAAACUGUAUAUUUUGUAAAUAAAGAUAUUGCUACUUUGA